AGUGUGCUAACUGUCGUGAAAGCACAUUGACAGAAAGCCGCGAGCAGGACGCUAAUAAGUCAGUCUUAUUAUUUGUUCUACAGUUUGAAAUAUUUUCGUCGUAUAAAAUACAUAUUUGAUUAUUUAGUUAAGGAUAAAGUGGUCUCGAUGCGCUAGAAGCACUGUGCCGCUUCUCGUGCUAUCUUUGCUUGUUAGUUAGCUUAGCUCGCUAGUUAGCUUAGCUUGUUAGCUGCUAACAGAAGACACAGAAGUUAUCAACACAUCGCUAAGUAGAGAUCAAGUGUGAGAGUAAAGUGUUGUGAUUGUGUGAAAAUGUCUACAUUACAAAUGUUGAGAGCGUUGGUGGAUCAGCGACUAACUGCUGCCGUUGAAGAAAUAUUUGUAGUGUUAGAAAGAAUGAUAGCAGAAUACGAGGCGGAACUUUCUAGAACAAAAGAGGAAAACUAUCAACUACUGGAAGCUGUUUUCAAGAAACAUCAAGUUGUGUUACACAGAACAGACGUCCAGCAGGUGUCAGCAGAGAGUCAUGAAGAGAUUCCCUGCAAGCAGCAGGAGUGGAGCUCCAGUGUGGGACAGACGGAGCUACAGGCCCCCUCCCACAUUAAAGAGGAGCAGCUUCAUGAUGAAGAUGAAGCUCAGUCCUUACAGCUUCAUCACAGUCAAAGUGAGGAGAACAGAGGGGCGGAGCUUGUAAGUCAACACAUCACAGAAGCUGAUGGAGAGCAUUGUGAAGAUAUAAAGUCAGAACCAGACAGCAUCUUUGCUCCACUGUCAGACAUGGACCACACGAUGUCACACUCUUCUGAUCACAGUGACCACAUCCAACAACCUUUGGAGAGUAAAAAUGACUCUAAAGGUGAUACGAGACAUCACACUAACAACAAACACUUUGACUGCUCUCAAUGUGGGAAAUCAUUUAGAUGGAAGAGUCUUUUUACAGUACACAUGAGAACACAUACUGGAGAGAAACCUUUUACUUGCUCUGUUUGUAAGAAGAGUUUCUCCUUAAAGCAACGCUUGACCAGACACAUGAGAGCACACACUGGAGAGAAUCCUUUUACUUGUUCUUUUUGUAAGAAGAGUUUCGCCACUAAGCAAAACAUGAUCACACACAUGAGAACACACACUGGAGAGAAACCUUUUCCUUGCUCGGUUUGUAAGAAAACUUUCUCCAGAAAGCAACACAUGACCACACACAUGAGAACACACACUGGAGAGAAACCUUUUCCAUGCUCAGUGUGUCCCAAAAGAUUCUCCAUAAAUGAGCAAAUGAAAAGACACAUGAGAACACACACUGGAGAGAAACCUUUUACUUGCUCUCUUUGUAACAAGGGGUUUUCCAGAAAGCUUAACAUGUCCACGCACAUGAGAACACAUACUGGAGAGAAACCUUUUACUUGCUCUGUUUGUAAGAAUAGUUUCUCCACAAAGCUUGUCAUGACCAGACACAUGAGAACACACACUGGAGAAAAACCGUUUAGUUGCACUGUGUGCGAUAAAACAUUCAGGGUUAAGAAUAAGGUCAGUAAACACAAGUGUGUAACAGUCAUGGAGGCUGCAGGGAUUUAAAUACACUUAAGCAGUGAUUGUGCUAAAUGUACUCUAAAACACAGCAUGUUUAAUAUGAAUGUAUAUUUUAUGUUGUAUGUAGUAGUGCUUCUCAUCUUCUACUGUUAUUCUAUGUUGUUCUGGAAUUACUUUUUAAGUUGUGUGCAUUUAUUGAAUAUCAUGUAUGUAGCUACUAUUUUAUUUUAUUUUCUCAUUGUUAAAGAGAGAACUUCUUAUUAUUUACAGUUGUUUUUUGUUCACACAUUUUCUUCCAUUGCAUUUUUAUUGAUGUUAUUAUCCAAUUAAAAGAAUGAAUGAAUAAAAUUGUUAACAAAAUGUGGA